CUACAACACGCCUCUGAUGGCAGGGACGCCGGUGCCCGCCACAGAAGUCCAGCAGAACAUUGCUCAAGAGAAACGUGAUGAACUGAACUCAUCGAACCCAUCGGCGCCGAUUCCUGGUCUGGGCCUCGUGAAGAACGACUCAGACCAGACCGUCUCCAACGACUCCGGCCCGUCGCAGACUGUCAAUGCGACGGAAGGCGUUGUGCGUGAAAAGCAAGUGGUUACGACAACAGAAUCCACCGGAGAGAAUGCAGACAAUACCCAGGCAAUGGAUGUGCAGCAGGAUGGGGAUCAGACGAAACCUAAAGACGCCAUCGAAACCACCAACGAUACGAAUGCACCGGACGCGAUGGAGGUCGCUGAUGGCGAAGGAGAGGGAGAGCCUCGCGAAUGGGAAACUGACUCCUCGCCCUACGAAUCCUCCUCUGACGAUUCUUCCGAUUCCUCCGACGACGACAGCGAUGACAGCGACGAUGACUAUCCUAUCCUAACCGCCGAGGAGACAGCGCGCAUCCUGAUGCAGGCAGAGCUUGGAUCUGAUGAUGAAGGCGACGGGAAGGGAAAAUCGGGUGGCCAGCUUCGAACGGCGAACGAGGUUCCAGACGAAGCCCCGCCGUUGCCUGAAAUCACAAUCACUCCUGAAAUGAAGGUUGUGUUCCUGGGGCAGGUGGAAGCGAUCGUCGAGAACACGCUUCUGAUCGCAGCGAACACCUCGGGAGAGUACCAAGUCCUCGAGUCGGGCUCUAUACUUUGUCUUGAAGACCGGAAACUCGCGGGUGUGGUUUCCGAGACUCUAGGCCGAGUCGAGAACCCCUUGUAUGCGGUCAGAUACCCCGACGCCGCUGCCAUCACCGAGCGUGGCAUUUCCAAAGGGACGAACAUCUACUACGUUGAGGAGAAGUCCACUUUUGUCUUCACUCAGCCUCUCAAGGGAUUGAAGGGCAGCGAUGCGUCCAACUUCCACGACGAAGAGAUCCCCGAGGACGAAGUUGAAUUCUCCGAUGACGAGGCAGAAGCCGAGUUCAAGAAGAGGCAGAAGCAAAAGCGCCAGGAGAAGAAGGGCGCGAAGGAGGGUGGACGUGCCCAACGGGGACCCCCGGGUCCCUCGAAGCUCGCCCGCACUGAGCUCAACUACGACGAUAACGCAGGCGACGAGGGCUACACCCCGCUCGCCCGUCCGAAGAAUCUGCACGAGAUGAUGGGUCCCCAGGAAGCGCCUGUUGAGAAGGACGGGCCUCCGGGAGUGACCCCUGCAUUCCGUGGUGGCCGGGGCCGUGGCCGAGGCUCUGAUCGCGGUCGGGGCGCAGGCCGUGGUCGUGGCCGGGGAGGGUCUUACAACAACGACCGCCAGCCCUCUCAUCAGCACCAUGGGUCCCACUCUCCGUCGCAACCUACAAACUACCAACAACAACCCUAUCCCCAGAACCCUCAAAACCCCUACCCCAUGAACCAGCAGCAGUUCCCUUCAUUCCCGUAUUUCCCUCAGCAGCAGCAGCAGCAACAGCCUCAGCAGCAGCAGCAGCAGCAGCCGCAGCCGCAACAACCGUUCGCCCAGGGCCAAAUGCCGGCUCCGUUCAACUUCCAGAUGCCUUUCCAGCAAGCCUUCCAGCAGCCCAAUCCUUACCAGCAGAUGCCUCACAUCAACCCGAUGUUCUUAGCCGCCUUGCAGCAGCAACAGCAGCAGCAACAGCAACAUCAAGCGUACCAACAACCGCAGCAGCCUGGCCAACCGCAGGCACAGAGCCCGUUGAAUUUCGACCAGGUCAAGGCGCAGUUGGAUCUGCUGCGACACUUGAGCAAUAACAACAAUAAUCAAGGGCCGCCGCCUUCGUGAAGCCAGCGUCGUUGUUGAUAUCUUGAUGAGUUUUAUUCUAUAGACUUUGCAUUCAAGGAGCCGGGUAACUUUGUGUGGGUUUUUAUUCUUUAUUAUAAAAAAAGUUUCGAUUUAAUGAAAUU